ACUUUAUCUCGCUGCGAAAGCCAGUUCAAAGGUUUGUUUGACAUGUCAGAGCCAACAUGGCGUUAUAGUGUGCCUAGUUUCACGGAGUCUGCGGUCGAUUCCAUUGAAGAUCGGGCCACUGCUGACUAAUAGUGUGCACUAUCAUGGCGGAGGCAGGACAGGCGGAAUCAGAGCAGGACAUCGAAAGCAAGAUCGAAGAAACACGACAGAGGUUUAAAAGCGAGUAUGUUGAAGAGUCCCAAGACAGAUAUGACAGCAGAGACGUGGAGAGACUCUUCAAAGAUGACGCUCUGGUCGAAGGCUACCUCACGUGGAGACACUUUGUUAUGGAAGACACCUUAAAGAUGAUUGACGAGAGCUUGCAGUGGAGGAAAGAGUUUACUCUGAAUGACCUCACAGAGAGCAGUAUUCCCAGAUGGAUGUUUGAGAGCGGCGCGGUUUUCCUUCACGGAUACGACAAAGAAGGAAACAAACUCUUCUGGUUCAAAGUGAAGCUCCACAUUAAAGAUGCCAAGUCAGUAUUGGAUAAGAAGCGGUAUGUGGCGUUCUGGUUGGAGCGUUACGCCAAACGCGAGCCUGGGAUGCCGCUGACGGUCGUGUUCGACAUGUCUGAGUCUGGACUCAGUAAUAUAGACAUGGACUUUGUGAAGUAUAUCAUUAACUGCUUCAAAGUGUACUAUCCAAAGUUUCUUUCCAAAAUGAUCAUGUACGAGAUGCCUUGGAUCAUGAAUGCUGCCUGGAAGAUAGUGAAGACAUGGCUGGGCCCCGAAGCCAUCAGUAAGCUCAAGUUUGUCACCAAGAGUGACAUCCAGACAUACGUCGGCCCCGAGCACCUUCCACCGCACAUGGGAGGAACGGACCAGUUCAAAUACAGUUAUCCGCCUCUCCCGGAUGAUGACUUCCAGUCUCCAAUCUGUGAAAACGGUCCAAUCGUCAGCGAAGAUGAGAGUGACGUCAAGGAUAUUGAAUCCGAGUCCAAAGAGACUCUCGAAUCCAGUUUCAAUUCUGAGCAGUCAAUCAAACCCAAGAAGGUGAAUUUCCUUGAAGACAGUCAAAAGUCUGAUGAUCUGGACAGAGGAGAACCCGGACGACUGAGAGGAGUUAGAAAACCUACCACCACAUUCAAGGGCACGCUAUUGGACAUCAGUCCAUCAGAAGAGCUCCGAUUCGGUGCUAAAGAAUCAGAGAAGAAGUGUUUGAUCAUCCUCAACAACGUCACCAAAAACCACGUGGCCUUUAAGGUCCGGACGACGGCUCCGGAGAAGUACCGCGUGAAGCCCAGUAACAGCAGCUGUGAGCCCGGAGCCAGCGUGGACAUCGUGGUUUCACUUCACGGAGGGUUCCAGGCGUCUCCUCAGGACCGGUUUCUGGUCAUGGCAGCAGAGAUGGAGAGCAGCGGCGGAGCCGGCGUCCCAGAGCUCGCUCAGUUCUGGAAGGAGGUUUCUAAAGCCAAAGUCAUGGAGCACAGGCUGCGCUGUCACGUCCUCGAGAGCCCCAAGUCUAUUCUGAGCAGCUCGUUUGAGAGUCCGUCAGCGACGAGCAGCGACCAUCAGGACCUGCAGAGCACGCUGAUGCGUGUGAUGACGAGUAACUCGCGUCUGGAGCAGAAGCUGGACUCGUGUCUGUGGACGCAGAAGGUUCUUCUGGUCAUGGUGUCGUUUCUAUUGGCCCUCACUGCCUCGCUCUGGACGUCAUGAAGCUCACCGCUUCAGCGUCAAACACAGAGACAUUAUCACAGAGCCGUCCAAACCGACUACAAGCUAAUCAUGGGUUUUUAUCAGAUUAAACCACGCUUUAAUUUAUAAAGAUUGUGUAGAGUUCUUACAAGAUCAUGCACAUGUAAUUAAUUAACUGAUUUUAAUAUUAUAUAUAUAGUAUUUUAUAAAAGUAUGAAUGUGAACAAUAAAAAUGACACUUUUGUUAUGCA